AUGCGGGAAACAAACCAGAACUCGGAUUCUACAACACCUCUGCUAUCUGAGUCGCAACAUCCAAUCCAUACUACUUAUCAGAGCUUUGGAGAAGACGAAAGUCACACCGUCGAGGAUGGUCACCUUAUUUUGGAGCGUCAGCCAGAGAAGUGGAAUAAGCCUCGGGUCAACCUCUGGCGCGUUCUGGCUACCUUCUACAGCUUCAUCGUGGUCGGAGCAAACGAUGGCGCCUAUGGGGCCAUGAUCCACUAUUUAGGCAAAUACUACAACGCAGACUACACAACAGUCUCAGUGGUAUUCCUGUCACCAUUCAUCGGGUAUGCGGCCGCUGCAUUGGAGAAUCAUUGGAUCCACGAGCGAUUCGGACAACGUGGCAUUGCAAUUAUAGGCACUGGAAUGCACACAAUUUCAUAUCUUGCUGCCACGCAACAUCCACCAUACCCUGUCCUUAUUGGUAUAUUCAUCUUAUCCGGCCUUGGAAACGGAAUCGUCGAUGCGUCGUGGAACGCGUGGAUUGGUGCUAUGGACAAUAGUAGCCAGCUAAUGGGGAUUUUGCAUGCAUUCUAUGGACUUGGGGCCGCUCUGGCACCUUUGACUGCCACCUAUGUCAUCGUCAGCAGAGGUUGGAUGUGGUAUGAAUUUUACUACCUCAUGGCCCUUGCAUCUGCGCUUGAAUUCGCAACUUCGGUCACAGCAUUCUGGUCAGCGACAGGGUCAGUACCGAAUACCCAGCAGCCUGACCCUCAUGAAGACGACAGUGAGUCGCCCGAUACUCCAGACACCCCCGAAGUCAAGAGGAACCCGACAUUGGAGUCGUUGGGAUUACCCUCAACAUGGAUUAUAAGUCUCUUCCUCUUGGUUUACGUCGGAGUCGAAGUCACGAUGGGUGGAUGGAUUUUCACCUUCCUCGUCGACCUCCGCAAUACACCACCAGCCGUGGCAGGAGUGGUAACCUUCACCUACUGGGCAGGACUGACUGUUGGUCGCGUCUGCUUUGGUUUCCUCACACCCUACUUCCACAGACAGAGACUGGCAGUUCUUGUCUACUUGGGAGCAUGUAUCUCCUUACAUAUUACCUUCUGCUUCGUCGAGGAUCUCCGUCUUUCGGCCAUCACCGUGACCCUCCUUGGAUUUUUCCUUAGCCCGCUUUACCCGGAGGCGGUUAUUGCUCAAGCACAGCUUUUGCCAAAAUAUCUCCAUGUUGCAGCCGUUGGCUUUGCUUGCGCGUUAGGAAGCGCCGGGGGUUGCCUUUUCCCUUUUAUUACUGGGGCGACUGCGGAGAUAUUUGGGAUCGAGGUCCUUCAACCCGCUGUACUUGCAAUGCUUUUGGUUUGUCUGGCUUUGUGGCUUUCGCUACCCACGCAACGCCCGGGUGGCCAGUGA